AAGGAACUGGAUAGGCUGGGCGACGUAACAUAAGUAAGAUACAGAGAUAAGAGUGUGUGAUAAGUCGAGUCGCGCUCUGCAACCGCUCAGCGAACUGCUACAGAAGAAAGCGCUCUCGCCUGCCCUUGGAACUCCAUCCGACGCGCGGCGCCCCUCCCUGUUGUUAUUCGCCGGUCACAGCGACACUCAGAAUCGCGAGACACCCGGCGACAUGGCCGCAGCACAGGACCGGGUCUUGCGGGGACCAAAGUACGACCUGGACCUGCCCCAGGUCACUCUGGGCAAAUACAUUUUCUCUGGAUUGCUGAAGCACGGCGACCACGUUGCACAGGUGUACCCUGGGGAACCGGAGGUGCGGCUGUCGUUCAGGGAGUUGUCGAGACGCGCGGCCUGCGUGGCCGAGGAGCUGCGCAUGCGCGGCGUGGGCCCCGGGGACGUGGUGGCGCUCGGCUGCCGCGUCGUGCCGCAGUUCGCGCCGCUCCUCAUAGGCACCCUCCUCAGGAACGCCAUACCGGCGCCCUUCAACCCAGAGCUCGACCAAGAGGAAUUAAAGGUGGUGGUGCAGCAGACCCUGAAGCCUAAACUGGUGGUGAGCCAGGAGCCGGCGCUGUCGGCAGUGGGGGAGGCGGCCGGGUGCCCCGCUCUGCCGCUGUCUCAGGUGGACGGCUGGCUGCAGCGAGACGCAGACCCGGAGCGGGCGCUGCAGGCGCUGUCCCCGCCAGACGCCGCCGGCUGGCUGGACUCGUGCGCCGCCAUCCUCUGCUCCUCCGGCACCACGGGGCCCCCCAAGGGCGUCAUGCUCUCACACCGGGGGCUGCUCACCUUGACUGUCGCCUUCGGGAAAAUGUUUGCACAGUUUUCCACAUCGAGUGACCGACGUCCAGAGGCCAUGAUAUCGACGUCACCGACUUUUUGGGCGUCUGGGCUUAUAAUGCCAUUGUAUGCCCUUCACCUUGGGAAGACGGCCUGCAUACUUCCCAGCUUCGACGAGGAUACAGUAGCACGCGUCUUGGGCGAGUACAAUAUUUUGAGCUUGUUCAUGCCUCCAAACUUGGCAGUGACUAUUGCCAAGAACCCCUACAGUCCCGUCCGAAAGAUGCUGCACCACAUCAAAAUCUUAUCAGUCGGAGGGGCUGUAAUGGACGCAGAGACUCAGCUAUUCGUUGAAAAGGAGCUUGGUAAGCGGGUCAGCCAGGGGUAUGGCAUGACAGAAUCUAUUGUCAUCAUGGGUGCUCAACCCGGUAGUGAUCCUCCACCAGGUUCCUCUGGAAAGCUCUUCUUCAACGUGGAGGCCAAGGUGGUGGACCUGGAGACGCAGGAGCCGGUGGGUCCCGGGCAGGAGGGCGAGCUGUGGGUGAAGUCCCCCGUGGCGGCUCUGGGCUACUGGAACAACCCGGAGGCGACGGCGGCGGCCUGGGACGAGGACGGCUGGUUCCACACGGGGGACGUCGUGCGCUACGACCGCGACGGCUACUUCUACGUCGUGGACCGCGUCAAGCAGCUCAUCAAGUUCAGGGGACACCACGUGCUGUCGCCGCAGCUGGAGAACCUGCUGAUGUCGCACCCCAGCGUGCAGCUGGCCGCCGUGGUGGGGAAGCCGCACCCCACCGACCAGGAGCACCCCACCGCCUUCGUCGUACUGAGGCCCGGCGCGUCCGCCACUGCUGAGGAGCUGCAGCGGCUGGUAGACGACAAGGUGGCGGACCACAAGAAGCUGCGAGGCGGCGUGAGGAUCGUGGGGGAGCUGCCGCACACGGCCAGCGGGAAAGUCGCCAAGAGGGUCCUCAGGAGGUGGGCGGCGGGCGGCCAGUAGGAGCUGCGGACACCUGUGCCUUACCCACCUCUCAAAGGGCUCUCUAAUGUCGAAGAAGCAUCAACGAACCCGAAGCUCACUCUUAAACUUAAAUACUACAUUUCUCUUCUUCGUAGUUUGUUUCCGUGUUGAACUGUUUUGAAUCACUAUGUUUUUAGUUCUUUACAGAUUUUUUACUUUAUUUUAUGUAGUACAGUUUGCUCAUCUAAUAGACUGUAAGUUCUUUGCAACUUUCAAUUACAGUACAAUUUUAUGUUUAUCCUUUCAGUUCGGUUAAAUUUACUAAGAAACACGAAUCCUCUGUACUUGCAGUAAGUAACGUUUCCUCUCAGUUUCGUUUCAGUAUAACUCAAAGGAGUUAUACAUAUUCAAAAAACAUGCAGACUUAAAAAAACCGACAAAACAAACGUAAUUAAUGUUUGUAACAACGAAACUGAAGUGUUCGAUGUGUGAAAUUCUAAAAAUGUUUAUGAUGGUUGUUGUGUAUUCCUUCUUCGCACAAUAAUAACACUUGUAAGGAGGCUGUUUUGGUUUUUGUAUUGGUAACGUCACAUAACGCUCUGUAUGACAUUCACUGGCUGUGUUGUGUGCAGUCUGUGGCUUGCUGGCAUUGUUGGAAUAUUCGCUAUUGUAGUGUUGGGCAGUUGGACGUGAACAGUCCGUAGCGUUGCGCAGUUGGAGGUGAUCCGCCAGCAGUGGUGGAUGUGGGGAGAGAGAUAGCAGAGUUUUGAGAGCGGACGUGUGUCCAUCAGAGAGAGUAAAUUUGUAAGACUGCAUGUCAUAAACUUAUAUAUAUAUUACGACUUUUGAACACUAUUAAGGUAAAUACAUUGUUUGUUCUCUA